CACUGAGGGAACGGUCCCUGGAGAAACCCUGCCGACCCAAGACGCACUUGUUCUUCCUGAAGACACACAAGACAGCCAGUAGCACCGUGCUUAACAUCAUGUACCGUUUUGGUGAGGCAAGGAACUUAACCUUAGCCCUGCCAGUGUCCUACCAGUUUGGCUAUCCCCAACUCUUUGAUACAAGAACAGUGAAAUCAUACAACGCCACGAAUAAUCAGGAAUACCACAUCAUUUGCAACCACAUGCGGUUCUACAAGCCCCAGGUGGAGAAGUUGAUGCCGAACGACACCUUCUACUUCUCCAUCCUCCGCAGCCCAGUGACAUGGAUGGAAUCCUCCUUUGCUUACUACAAGGACAUUGCCAGGGCCUUCUCCAAUGUGACGUCGCUGGAGCAGUUCCUCGAAGAUCCCUGGAGCCACUACUCGCCCACCAGCAUUGAUUAA